GUAUUUAUAACCUCAAAAACGAUUAUAUCGAAUAAAGUAAAAUCACCAAAAUUUUUUCAAUUAAAUUUAUUACAGAAUCAUGUGAUUUUACUGUUUGAACUGUAAAAUUUAAGUUGUUUAAGUCUUCAUGAGUUUUCUAUUUAUUUAGAAACCGGUAUUAUUAUCAUUAGUGAACUGUGGUUAUUAGUUAAUAAUGAAGUUAUUUCACACAGAUUGAAUAAAGACUAUAUUUUGUAAAUUGUGAAAAUUCUAGUUAAAUGCUUUCAUUGAAUUUUGAUCUUAGUGGUUAAAAAAUAAAAUGUUUUAGCAUUCUUUACUGAAAAAGUAUAUUGCAUAUUACGAACUACAAUGGUGGAUAAUAGCUGUAUUAUCGAGGGAAAUGUCAAAUUUCGAGAUGGAAAGAAGUGGAAAUCACGAUGGUGUGUCAUGAGAAAAUUAUCACCAGUAGCAGAUUGUCUACACUUGCAACUUUAUGGAGAUAGCAAGGAUAGAUUUAAAAAUGCACAUACAAAAGCGUCAUUGAGUUUACAACAUUUUCUUGGUGUACAAAGUGGAUUCACACUUGAUAAGGAAUCAAACACCAUUGCCAUAAUCUGUCGAGAUAUAAUUGUAGUUCUUGCAUUUGAUACAAGGGAACGUUUGAUACAGUGGCAGGUUAAAAUAUCAAAUAAUUUAGGAGAAGAUCGUCAAUUUUUGGUGCUCAUUGCCACUGCCGCAUCUAAAGGAAAAAUAAAUAAUGGUCCAGCACAUCUUUGUGUUCAAAAUUACAGAUUUUGUAUCACAGUUGGAAUUCCACCGAGACUUGUAGGAAUUUGGAAAAUCGUCCAUCUCCGCAAAUAUGGAGUCAUCGAUGGUCGAUUUUGUUUUGAAGGCGGUUCACGAUGUGAUCGUGGAGAAGGACUUCAUGUACUAAUUACUGAUCAAGGCGACGAAAUAGUAAAAACAUUUCAAUUAGCCGUAGAGGGAAAAUUACCUAGUCGAAAUAAAACUAUAGGACGUGAUCAAGGUUCUCAAGAAAGUCCUCGAAGUCAAUUUUCAAGAUCAGAAACUAGAGUCAGCAAUUUUGUUCCAUCUUCAUCAUACGCGUCAAAUCAUCAUGAGAAAUAUUAUGAAUCAUGUAAAAAUGAGAAUUCAUCAUUUUGGUGUUCUUCUGAUAGACCACAGGAAAUGGAAUCAGAAGAAAAUUUUAGCAGUCGAGAUUCUAUUUCUACUUCGGAAUUAAUUGAACAACCAAAUGAUUGGCAAAGAUAUUCCUUCUCUCGACAUGGAAAUUCAAAAUUAGAAAGAUGUGCAAGUUGCAUAGGAAAACUUGGAACAAUAUCAAAAUCAUCAACAUGUGUUACAAAUGUCGAAACAACGACCAUAAAUAAUUCUGGAAUUCAACAUAAUAAUUUAAGUCAUUUAACACAUAGAGCACUCGAUGGAUUAUCAUUAUCGUCAUACAGUAGCAGCAGUCACGAGAGUGAUUAUUCUGUUUCACAAAGAGAUGCAAUUUCCCAACAAACGGAAUGUUGUUCACGUACAAAAUUGGAGCAAACUCAAUAUGUUUGUUCAUCAUUAAACUCAGGAGUACCUCCAAGACCACCUAAAAAUCAUGAACUUACAAAUGUUGCCAAAUUGAAAAAACCACCAAUGCCUCUUCCAAGUGCUUGUGCUUGUCUAAAGAAAAAGAAUUCUAUCCGUAAAAAUGAUUCUUUCAUUGGUCCCUAUAAUAAUUACGAUAUUCCUAAACCGAUAUUGGUUCAUCGUGUAAUUCUCAAUCAACCAGAAUUACAAAAUCAAUAUUACGAUACACCGAGAAAAAUUAAAGAGUCAUUACCCAAUGAAUAUGCUAAUUAUGAUAUGCCACAAGCUGUGAUGUUACAACAAUGUGGCUGUCCCACAAAAUUAUCACAAACGCCUCGUGUCUGUCCCUGCCAAAAUGUCUUGAGUUGGGCCGGUUUUGUGUUACCAUAUUGUCGUAGAGGCGCUGGAAUUGAAUCCACCGGUGUCGCUGUUCAACCAAUUCGCCUUUCAGGAGAAGGUAAAAUGCCCGUAGUUAAUGCUAAUAACACAGAAAUGAAUUUCUUUUCAAAAAAUCAUAGUAUCAACAAAACAGAAGAUUGUGAACAUUACACUGAAAAUGACAAAAGUUCUAAAGCUAAUUAUGAAAAUAUUGAACCAAUUAUUGACACUCAACCCAAUGCAAAUACACCCAAUUACGUUAAUAUUGACUUUAAGUCUCUUAAUUAUUAUGAAAACAGUAAAGAUCUUGUAUUAAAAACCGGAAUUUCAAAAAAUGAAUGGAAACAAAUUUCUAAGGAACUACAAAUACAGGACAAUAAAGAGAUACAUAAUUCAAAAAAAGAUUCAAAAACUGAUUAUCUCGAGGUAGAACUUAAAACUCCUAAAAGUCCUACUUCAUGCUAUCUACCAAUGCAACCUGCUUGUUCAAAGCAAGUUUUAUCUAGACUCAACAGUGUUAAAAGUUCAAGUAAUCCUACUUUAUCAGGAUCAUCUCUCGAUGGGAUAAGAAAGAGAUCAGACUCCGAGUACCGAGUUCCUGGUUCUGCAAUUUUAUCUAGUCCUCAUUUAAGGAGACGUUUAAUUGACGUAAACAAUAAGAAUGAAGAAAGUAUUUUACUAAGAAAACGUUCAUAUUCAGAAGAAUCUCGUUUUGUUGAUGAGGAAAAAUCGACAAUUUGCAAUUGUCCAAAUGAAGUGAAUAAAAAAAUUCUUCCCAAUAUUGAAAUUAAUAAAAUAGAAAAAGAUUUAAUUUCUGGUUCUUGUAUUAAAAUUCGAAGAUCAUCUUCCGUUCCUUCAAAAUCAGGACAUAGUCGAGAUUCUUCCAGUAGUAAUGAUUCAGGUGUAUUUACAGGAUCAGGUACACAAAAAAAUAAUGGAUUUCACGAUUUUGAAUGCGCAUCUGUUUCAACAUCAACACCGUUGAAAAAAAAGCAAUCUACUCUUGUCGAAACUUAUAAAUCAUCAGUUUGUUUUCACGAUAGUUUACCAAGAAAAUCAAAAUCAAAUGAUCUACUAAAAGAUAUAAGUUUUCAAUUUCAAAAAAUUACAAUGCCCACAAAAUCUUCAUCUACAGAAACAGAUAUUCCUUCAAAGGAAACUAAAAGAUUUACAAAUCCUACUGAAAUUACAACAAAUAGAAUUCCUGAUUCGCGUAGCACAAGCAGCGGCACUUCUGAUAUGUCUGAUUAUAUUGAGACUUUGUCUCUUUCAUCACAUUCUUCGGCAGAAACACCAGACUGUCUUCGUCACGAAAGUAGAGGUUUAGCUACAACUUUACGUCCUCGAAAUGGCAAAGAAUAUUAUAAAAUUGAUCGCAGUAUUUUGUUAGAUUCUGAACGCAAUGCAAAUUCAGCUUUGACAAAUUAUGCAAAUAUCGCUUCAGUUGAAGAGAAAAGUGAAUCACCAUCACCAGGUUAUAUGAGUAGUUCACCAUUUGAGCGGCAGUCUUUAACAAAAGAACAUUUUGUAUUUUCUAAGGAAUCUUGAACGUGUAACUUCUGAAACAAGUCACUUAUCUCAAGUUCCUAGAGAUUCCAAAUAUAACGGAUAGGAGGGUAAUUACAAAAAAUGAGGUUUGAUAACUGAACUUAUUACAACUAAUAACGCGGGUGUUUUUUUGAAAAGGACAUGUUUUCUGUUUUUUAAUAUUUGAAAAAUAUGAAUGUGAAAUCACUGUCUUCUUGUAAAUUCAUUAAUUUAAAUUUUAAUAAGUUAUUUUUUUGCACAUCAAAUGUCGCACAAAUAUUUUUAAAUUUUAUUUAUUAUAUAGAGCACCCAAUAUCUAGAGUAUAUAGUUGAAAUGAAGUCAAUAAUCAAACACUUCCUACAACGAUUUCAAAAUUUUCUAAAAUUAUGCUCAAUACAAAUUAUACUUAUACUAAUAUAUUAUUACAUAUUGUACUAUAAAAAUUCUUUCUCUGCCACUUGAUAAUGAAAGAAAAAAAAAUUUCUUUGUAAUGUAGUACAAACAUUGCUUUUCGAGUGUCGCUUAAUUUACAUGAGCAAAUUUUCAUUCCAUUAUAUCAAAUUUCAAUAAGACGUGAAAGAAUUUAAUCAAAUCUCAAUCUUGGCCACUGUCUUUAAAAAAAAAAAAAUUUAAACGAUUUAAUCCAUUUAGCUUUUAGAUAACUGUUAAGCUAUAGACUGAUAGAUACUUCUGUUUUUUAAGGAUAGAUGUAAAUUUUAAAGAUAGAUGAUUACUCUAUCUUCAGGAUGGCCACUAAACGGGAAAACCGUGAAUUAGUUUGAUUUUUUUUGAGCGAGACGUUUUUCAAGUCAUACGAUGCUGAAUUCAAUAAAGUUUUUAGAAUUCUCGUUUGAUUUCCUAUUGUUACAUUAUUUCCUAAUUAGCAUAAAUGUUUUGUUAAUUAAUUUCAUAUCAUUUUCAUCGAGGGUACUUAAACCUUACUUAAAAGGUUUAAGAUAUAGAUAAAAAUACAUCAUUUAGUGCCCGAGAGUUCUAAUAUCAAGAGAGUUUUUUAAAAAUCUUUUAUCCUGUUAAUUCUAUUAUAUCAAAAGUGUCAACUCCUACAACUAAUUUCCAUAUUCUAUGAAAAUGGUUACCCUUCUGCCAAUAUGGGUGUGUUUCGUAGGUUCUUUACAAUGAUACCAUCAUCCCAGCAAAUGAAAACUAAUUCAGUUGAAUUGAAAUGAAUACACCCUGGCUUCAGUGAAUCCCGCUUAGCGACAAAUUCGAAUUGGAGCUAUAUUUAUUUUAUUUUAUUGAAAUAAAUCCAACAGUCACAAAGACUAAUUACAGGAUUAUCAAUUACAAAUUUUGAAAAUGGGACAAAUUACUUAAUAUUAAGGCAUCGUAUUCUCAUUAACUAAAUUGAGAACUGCUUUCAAGAAUGAAUCAAAUGAUUGAUCAAAGACAUCAAGAAUCAUAGGACCAUUACUAUAUAUAUGUUAUUUAAAGUACCACACAUACUCAAUAUAGGUGUUGCUUUGUUUGCACUCCCCAUUCCUGAAUAAAAUGGAUUAGACCCCCGCGAAAAGAAUUGAGGAACAGCAAUAGGAAUUUCAGAAAGUAGAUAACAGCUAUCAAGCGUAUUUUUUAAAACUUUAAACAAAAAUAUUACUGAAUCUAUCUGUCCUUCUAUUUUCGAGCGAGCUUUCAUUCAUUAAAACUAAUUCAAUGAACAAACUUUUGUGCUUUAAUUUUUUUCAAUUCGCAGCCUGAAUUCAAGAGACGAGUUGAUCAUUUUGUUUGAAUUCUCAAAACUCAUUGAUACGAAUUGAAUUGAAUAUACAAAAGAACUUCACUGAAUCUUACAUAGCGUCAAAUACGAAUUGGACCUUGCCAAAAAAAGUUAAUUCAUUUCAAUUCAUCUGAAUUAGUUUUGUUACUGGUAUGGAUUAUAGUCAAAAUUUUUAAUAUUGACUGAAUCUUGUAACAUCUUUCACAAGAAGAGCUCCAUUUAAUUAAUUGAAUUUGAUCACUCCAUGUAUCGAUAUCUAUUUCGUGAUUAUUAAAAUCAUAUCGUUUACGUAAUCUUUCUAACAUGAUUUCCUCAAGUUUUUCAUUUUGUGUCAUUAUUGAAAUAUUUGUAAAUUGACACUUCGAUGUAAUCUUUUUCGUAUUUUAUGUUGCUGUAUCUUGAUUCCUCGAUUCCGGUAAUGAGUAUAUAGGUUUUGUAAAUGAAAAUUCGAUGGAUAAAUUCUCCAACUCGGUCACUGGAGAGUUUAUUUUUUGUCAUGUUUUGCGCGUUCAUAUUACUGUUACGUCUCAAAUUGAGACAAUAAUUUUAGAAAUAAUAUUAUUAUUUUAUUUAUGUCCGCUUCGGU